AUGGCGGCAUUACUUCCGAUUCUUUAUAAUGCUUUUGGAAAAUCUCGUGGUGGUUAUAAACCACUCGGUAAUAAACAAGAAACUAAGACAGCUUCUCUGGAUUCAACUUAUAUAUAUCCAACACCUAAAGAGUCAUCUUAUAUAUAUGAAUUUCCUACAGAGCCACUUGUUACGCCAUAUGAUAUUAUUAUUCGUAUUAACAGUAUUACUGCAUUAUCAACAACUGGUUGGGAUAUUAUACUUGGACAAAAUACAAAGGAUACUAUAUCAAAAAUAUCAACACCUGUCGAUAAACGUGGUGUAAUCGUUUCAGUUGUUGGUUCAUACAAUCGCGGCAAGUCAUUUUUACUUAAUCAACUUUGUAAUACUCAAUUACCUAAUGGUAAUUUAGUACACACAGAGGGUAUAUCUAUUACAGCAGGACGAAAUUUAGCUGAAAAUAUAAUUUUUAUUGAUACUGCUGGUACUGAUACUCCCACACCAAGAGAUAAACUUGAUGAUAAAAAAGCUACAGAAGCCCUUCUAAGAGAAAUAGCUCUUAAUUUAUGUUCAUACAUCAUUAUUGUUGUUAAUCGUUUACGUGCUACAGAUCAAUCAUAUAUUCAACAAGUAGUAAAACAUUGUGAAAAUUUUAAUUCAAAUAAAAAUAUAAUUAUUGUUCACAAUUUAAUGGAUGUACAAACAAUUAAAGAUGCGAAUAAAAUAAUAAAAGAAGAAGUUGAAGAUCUUAAUGAUGCUAAACCUGAUAUAAUGAAAUUACAAGUUAAUCGUACAUCGACUGAUAUCGAUUUUUAUCAUUCUAAACAAAAUGGUAUCACAAUUCGUCAUUUCAUUUUUGCAAGAGAUGGAUUUGAAGCAGGGAAUAAAUGGAACAGAAAAUCUAUUGAUGGUAUAAUGAAUAUUUUACAAACGGCACAGGAUUGUAGAAGAAAUCUUGAUGUUAUCAAUGAAAUGAUAAAUUUUGUUAAUACCAAGCUUCCACAAUUAUUUACCAACAAUCGUGAACAAGAUAAUCAUUUAAUCGAUAAUAAUUCACGGAAAUUACAAGUACAAAUGCAUGUUAGAAAACCUCAUAUUGUACUUACUCAUCGAAGAGAACUAGAAGAUCUUGAACAAAAUCCUUAUCCAUUAAUUCUCUCACCAAAACUUCUUUAUGAUGAUGCAGGUUAUUUUAUAGGUAUUGGUUCAAAAGAUAAUGGGCAAUGGCAACCUAUUUAUAAUCUAUAUGAGACUGAUACAGAAAUCCAUGCUAUUGUUGAACUAGCAGGUUUUAAACAAGGUGAAUCACAUGUUAAAAUUUUGGAAGAAGCAAUUAUUAUCGACGGCAAUCGUGAUGAUUUUAAGAAAACAUUAAUAAAUCCAGAAAUUCAUCAUGAAAAAAUUCCUAUGGGAAAAUUUAAAAUAGAAAUUCGUUUGAAAUGUCGUAUCGAUCCUGAUAAAUCAUCUGCAGAACGUGCCGAAGGUCUUUGGAAAAUUGUAUGUGAAAAGAAAAAACCUGCUUCGAAAACUUUUGAAUAA